GACCAGUGUGUCCUCUCAUCCUAUCUAAAAGCUUCUAUCCAAAAAGGUGAUGUGCUCUCUCAAUUCAGUAUGGCCGGAAUCAAUCCUCAUGUUCCCUUGCAUCUGGCUCAAGCAGCCAUUUUUAUUGGAAAAGGAUUCAGAAGUGCGGAAGACUACGCUCGAUACCUCAUCAAGUUCCAGGAUCGCCCUCUAUGCCCCUUUAUCUCGCUCGAUCCAGCUCGCUUCAACCGGUAUGACAUGAACAUUCUUGGGUUGAUCAAUGCUGUUGGAUGGUCAGAUCUCCCACUGGAUCAGUGCUACAGCUUUCGUCCAGAAGCUGUACGCAUGUUUUAUGCCAACAUGCAACCUUGUUUUAACACCGAUCCUCCCACAUUCACCACUGUGGUCUACAACUAUCUACUCACAAUCUCUGUUGACAUUUUGUCAUAUCUUCUCGGGUACCCCAUUGCUGGUGCUGAAGUUCUGGAUGAAGAGGACUUCCAGGAAGUUGGCUUCAAUGAAGUUGAAGCCAUUCGAUUGUACACAAGGGAUACGGGUGAAUACUAUCCUUCACGACUUGCUAGUGGACGGCUUCCUGACGAUCUCAACGUGCUCCUUUUCUUCAUCACUUGUGUUUUCCUCCCUCGCUCUCACGUGGCUCGGGUCAAUCUUAUCGACACCCUUCGCGCUCAGUUUGUUCUCUGCAAGGUUCAUGCCUUUGUUCGCCGCCGUCGUCCUCAGGCCAAUGCUUUAGUGGGAGACAGGACUGGUCCUGUAGUUCCUGCAGAGUCCUUAGCAGCUGAACCUGAAGAUGGUCCUGCAGUUCCUGCAGAGAUCUUAGUAGAUGAACCCGAAGAUCCUGAAGAUGGUCUCAGCACUGCUGAUAUGGAGGAAGAGUUAGGUGGAGAUGAAGGGGAAAUCUCUGACUACUUGUCUUCCCCAACCUAUCCUUUCUAAUCUUGUUUGGUUAAUAGGGGGGAGCAUGUAGCUUACUAUGUCUUGAGUUUAGUUGUAUCAGGGUCCUUAUGUUUUGAAUAAAGCUCUAUGAAAGAG